CAGCUCCCACCUCUUCACGAUGCUGCCAACGCGGGCGCUGCUGCGCUCGGUCUGGAAAGGCCCUCACAUUGUCCCCCUCCCCAUUGUGCGCCCCAAGCCCGGCGAGCGCCAACUCCCCAUAAAAACGCAAGCGCGCUCCGCAACAAUCCUGCCCAACUUUGUGGGCCUAAAGUUCCAAAUCCACAACGGCAAGAUCUACAACGAGGUCCAGAUCACCGAAGACAUGGUGGGGCGCAAGCUGGGCGAGUUCUCCGCAACCCGCAAGCGCUUCUCGUACAAGAUGACCAAGAACAAAUAGAC